AUGAAGGCUGUUGUUGCAACUCUGUUCUCUCUGGUCCUCGCUACCUCUGCGAUUCCUUGGUCCGGCUCAAAGUCCGUUGAGCUGAGCGGAAGCCAGCUUAAUAGCGCUCUGGCAAGCCAUGGAAAGGCAGCAAAGUUCGAUGUCAACCAGGUCAUCAACUGCAAUGUUUCCUACACUCUGGCACUCAGCACUGGAGGCCCUCCCUACAGCAUUGACUUGGCUACCCUCGAUCUGUCGAACUGCACCUACACUGGUCCUUAG